AUGGCCGAAGACCGCCUUCGCCAAGACCGUACUCAGCACAAUCACUCCGAGGACAAGCACCAAGGCCCAGCCCGCUACCCUCCAGGGCCACCGCCGCCUUCCACGGACGAACAUCAGCAGGGCCGGCGCUCCGUCGAGGGCCCGAGAUCCGCCAUGGCCGCAACUGUCACGCUCCCUUCCAUCCACGAGGCGCGCGGCGCCGCAGGCUACGGCCCUCAGGGACCGCCGCAACCACCUCCGCCUCCCGGCGCCCGCGGCGGCUACCCUCAUGAUCCGCGCUAUGCCUCGCCAAACGCCGUCAACGGCUACCCGCCACCGUCCGCGGGCCAGCAGCCGCCUCCCUCGACCUAUCUGCCGCCUUUGCAGACCGGCCCCGCCGACCCGCGCUCGCCAGCGUAUCCCCCGGACCAACGAGGCGGCUACUACGAUGACCGGCGGCCGCCCCCCGGCCAGUAUCCCGACCCUCACCAAGCCCAGCAGUACGCGGCGGAGGGCUAUUACUAUCGCGGGCCUCCGGGAGUCGUGCCCCCCAACGGCUAUCCCCGGCCGCCACAGGGACCGUACCAGGAGUAUGCGCCGCAGCCAGGCGGCGCCCCGGGCAUGGCGCAGGCCGCUCCAAGACAGCGAACCUCGAUCGCCUGUCGGUACUGCCGCAAGAGAAAGAUCCGCUGCAGCGGCUACCAGAACACGCCGGGUGGCAAGUGUCAGAACUGCGCCCGGAUGAACCAGGAAUGCAUCUUCCAGCCCGUGUCAUCCUCGAGCUCGACCGCCUUCAUCCCCGUGUCCGCAGUCCCCGGCGGGGUCCCUCCCGGAACCCAAUUGUUCGGCGCGUACGGCCAGCCGUUGGCUCCCAGCUCCAUGCCCGUCGGGCAUCCCUAUCCGCCUCCUCAUCACGGAGGGCCACCACCGCCCGGGCCGGCGCCUCCUAAUUACUACUCGCAGCACCCCCCGCCGGGUCCGCACUCAGCGCAGCCCACGCAGUCGCCCACCGAGUCCUUUUCCUCGUACGGGGACGACGCGCAGGUAGCCGGCAGGCGCCGGCGUCGCACGCCCGAGGAACGCGAGGAAGGCUACAGGCUGCCCCCGCCUCGAGGCGGCGCCCCAGACGAGGAAGCCCGCCGUCGAUCGCCCGCCGAGUUCUCCAACAACAGCAGCCCCGGAAACCUCACUCACCUACCUUACCAAGGCGCACGGCAAAGCCCUCACAACGCUGCCGCGCUACCGCAGGCACCGGGGCAAGGCGGACGCUCGCCCGCGGCCGCCAAUGGGUCAAGCGGCGCAUCGACCCCCGCUCGGCAGCAGCAGGCCUCGUCCGGCCAGUCGCAAAACUCGACGUCUGUCAUGAGCCUCAGCAACCUGGUGGACAAGAGCGACAUCGACAGGGGCAUGAUUGACCGGCUCAACCGGCAGCGAGAUUCCAAGGGGGCAAACGGGUCUCGUUGA